AUGCGUAAUUCCACUAUAAAUUUCCUUGGUGUUAUUGGUGGCUCAUGCGGUGAGUUUAUAACUGAUAUUAUACUCCAAAAUGAUCAAUGUGAUUCAUUUUGCAAAUUUUCAAAUGUAAUGUGUCACUCUUACGACAAGUCGAAGCUAGUCUUCAAAGCCUGCUUUUUGAAGGCGGUGCGUGGUGAGGACGGUUACAUGAACGUGCAUGCGCAUCUCAAGGAGGCGGCUCGGGAAGCGAAUAUUUCCAUUCGCCUGCUAAAACGUGCCAACGGUUGGAAACCUUUCCUUUAUAAAGUCUUCUUUGACGGUUGUAAAUUUAUGAAAAAUCCGCGAGCGAAUCCUGUAGCCGAAUUCUUCUAUAACCUAAUUAAGGAGUACAGUAAUAUUAACCACACCUGUCCGUAUGAUCACGAUUUAAUAUUGGAUCAUUUUCAUCUCAACAGCGAUUUAGUGAAAUUGCCAUUCCCUAUUGGUGAGUAUGCCGUAGAUACAACUUGGUAUGUUAACGGUCAAUUGUGGGCUCGCGUAAAUGGUUCCUGCGUUGGUGCGGUCGAUAUGUAAUAAAUUAAUUAAGACUAUUUGGAGAAAUAUUUUUAUGGUUGAAAACAAAGUUUAAAUUAUGGUAUGGAGUGGUUUGCAACUCGCUCGUAUUUAUGUUUGAAGAAAUUAAGGUGCGUAAUUCCUUAAAAAUAAAAC